ACUUUACAAUUUCAGACCUGCAGACUGGGAAUCGUGAAGUACCGGUGUGUUCCUUCCUCCAUGGUACAUGUAGGUCAAGAGAAUUCGUCUAAAAUCCCGCCAAGUUAAAACGCAUAGCUUAACUCUAGUCUCCAGAUGGAUUGAGAAGAGAGCAGCACUGAAACUAAAAGACAGGAAAUCUUCAAUUUCUAGCCAAGCCAUGUCAUCUGAUGGUCAGGAUGGAGCUAUCCAAUUGGAUUCUCUGGAGAUUCCAACAGCCUCAUACACCCUGUCCAACUCAACAACAUCUCAAAUGUCAUCUCCGAAAGUCUCCUUCACUUCACUGCUGCUUCAGAUACAACAAUUUCAUACAACAGAAUUGCAGAAACUCCAGGACAAAAUAAGCAGAUGGAAGAUGAGAUGCAACAAGUUAGCCAAAGUCUCCAAUGAGAAUGCCAGCAUAGCUAAGAAGUAUUACAACCAGAACAAACUCCUCCAAGCUAAGGUCAUUGACCUCAAACACCAGCUAAGAGUACUUCCGAGUGCAAGACAUGAUGGUGUGAUUGAUACCUCCAAGAUGCCAGCCAGAAGUGGGGACCAAGCUUCACCAAAGCUGAAAACUCGUCUUGCAAACGGAAGCCCUAACAAGAAUCUUCUCAAGAAAGCUUUCCAUUUACCUAGCAGACUGACAUCAAAGAAAUCUAACAAGAAAGUCCGCUAUUCUGAGAUAACUUCAAUACGUAGCGGUCAAAAUCCUUCCAUUGAAACAUCCCAGUUCAACAUUUCUGAAGAGACUCAAAAAAGAGCGAGUAUCACCCCCAGCAUUUCUGGAAUGACAGCACAGAAGAAGACUCUGUCUAUAUGUCAAGAUUCGCUGAACCAACCAGUUGCUAUUGCAAGUCAAGGAGGCAAUAUUGUAGUACCAAAUACUUGUGUAUCACCAUCAAUUCAGGAUCCCCUCAAUCUCAGGAGUUCAAAGCCAGGGGCCAUGAUGGUUGGCCAGGACACCUCCAGGCAAACAUUGAUGAGUGACCCUAUAACAAGAAUAAAGGAUCAGAUUAUACACACUGUCCCUGAGACUUUGGGUCUUGACAUUGAUAAUGGUACAGUUAUUGAAAUAGAUGAUGAAAGUCUUAUUGAAACUCCAACCUUUGCAAGCACUCCCAUAGUAAAUCAUUCUCAGAUGUCAUUGUUAUCAGAGCCAGUGUCAGUGCAGAUGCUGAAUUCAUUGCAGAACCCAGGUUCCCCUCGACUAAACAAUUCACCUGUGGAAACCUCAAAGAGGCAGCCAUCACAAAUAGUUCCACUUACAACCUCAAUGCCAAGAUCUGAGUCACAAUACCCAGUAGAUUUGAACAGUACUCAAGUCAAGUCACCCACAUUUUGUGGCGAAGCACUGGCCACCCCUGAAAGUGCAAGUGGCAAAUCCUGGCAGCACAGCAAGAAUGAUUUGUCGAGGAAUAUACCAACACUGUAUGGGGGUGAUCAGUUCGGAGCUUGUGCAACAGAUGAAAGCUAUCAAUCAGAAGCUUCAAUGUUACUUCUUAGACCUCAUGUUCCAAAGAGAUUUGUCCAUCCACAUUCCUCCCCUCAAGAUUUGCCCGACAACAGAGUGACAUCUAUGAAAGCAACAAUUUUACAAGAAGCAUGUAAGUUAAAACAGGAGGGGAAAACAUCCCCAACCUACAUGUGUUCUACUAGGAUGGCAAGAGAUAUGCGUAGUCCCAUCACUCCAGCUUCAGCUUCUGAGGAGAAGCACGAACAGGGCACUAACAUGAUGCUAACAUUGCACACGAACGUGCUAAGAGUGCCAACUUCAAAAAAGAGAAAACUAGACCUUGAUGAAUCAACUGUGUAUGAUGACACUGUGUGCCCGAGCCAUAAGGCUCUGGGAAAGGAGAACAGUCCCGAGCGUCUUGACGACACAAACCAAACAUCUUCAGACCAGAAAAGCUCUAAACAAACUAACCAAGGGAAAGAGCUUGUUGAAAAAACAGUCGCUAAGGUUCAAGCUAAGGGCAUGAAAAACCUAAAGCAGAGCAAACUCACACUGAAGAAGAUCAAACCAGGUAUGAACAAGUCUGCUAGACUCAUGCGAGAGUACAAUGAGGAUAGUCUGGUGAAUAUUGAUUCCCAGGUAGAUACUUUCAUCAAUCAAGCAAUAGAGUUAUCACUCAGGGAGAAAAACUUCAGAGGAAAUGAACUUGGGUCUAAAGAUGUUGAAGAAGGAUUUAAGGUUCCAAAUGUGCCACAGAAGAAACAACAGUAUCCAGUAUCUCUAGACACAGGUGUGAUAAAGAAGGCAUCCCAUCAAGAUGUUACAGAAGCAGAUCAAAUUGACUCAGACCUUUCACAUAUCUUAGAUUUGACACAUUCCCCACAUGACUUGAAUGGUACCAUCGAUCCACUGAUGGAUCUGACAAGAUUAGAGACUGGAGCAUCACAGUCUACCCACCAAGUAAACCUAUCUGACAGAGGAGGAAGCCAUGACCAUAAGUUGUUGGAAAGAAACCUUGAAGCACAUCUUAAAGCAGGUGACAGAGAUUUGAACAUGUCUGAGGCUGGAGAUGAUAGCUGUCAGGAUUUGUUUGGUGAUGAGGUCAACAAGGAUAAGCCUUCAGAAAUGAUGGAGAUAUCUAGAGAUACAGAUGAAGUUGCAUUUGUCAAGAACUUUGAUGUAAUUCCUAAGGUGAUGGACAAACCAAACUACAAGUACACAGAGGUUGUACGUAAACAUGAUGAGAGACAAAAACUGAGAGGCUUUGGCUGCAAGGAUUGUGAAGCAUUCUACAGAGAUUUGUCACUGACUUCCACCCAGCAAGAGAUGAGAAUGAAACUGUGCUCCCGACACCGCGCUCAGUCUAGUCCUACAAACACUCCAGAGCAUUAUUGGUCAGUAGGAUUUCCAGACACGCAGACAUGUCUGGAGAGAGGUUACAUUAGAGAGAGCCGAAGCCCAGAAAGACGCUCAAGGUCGAAAAAGAACAAAUACAAGAAGCUCUUUGCUGGAAAGGAAGGUGUUAACUUGUGAUGUACAUUUGCAUUCACAAAAAAAACCCCAGAUACAUUGAUUAGAUUGUAUGAGAAUACUAGUAGCAGAUGUGAUCACACAUAUAUGGGCAAAAUUAACCACUUUGUGCCGGGGCAUUUUUCAACGUUGAUGAUGCUGGGCCGGCAUGACUAUCAUUUUUUCCAUU